AUGGUACUGCAGGCCAUACAGUAUGAGCCAGCUUCGGCCGAUUCCUCUCCGACCCUGCGAAUUCUCGAUCAGCUCGUCUUACCGCACCGAACGAGCUAUGUUCCGAUCAGAAGCUGCGAAGAAGCGCACGCUGCGAUCAAACAGAUGAAAGUCCGUGGGGCACCAGCAAUUGCCAUUGUGGCCGCGCUGGCGCUUGCUGUCGAGGUGGGGGGUGCAGCCAAGACAGGGAAACUGCCUGCAACUCCUGAAGAGGUUAAGGACAGUAUAGGUCAGCGAUUGGACUUUCUCAAAACGAGCAGGCCGACGGCCGUUAAUCUGGGGGAUGCGGUCGGCAAGCUCAAGAUCGUGGCAAAGAAGGCCACAUUGCAGCCUGGGGCGUCGGCGGAGUCCGUUGCUCAAGCCUAUGUUGCUGCUGCAGAACGGAUGCUGGUGGACGAUGUCUCGGACAACAAGGCAAUCGGGGAACACGGAGCCCGUUGGAUUGAGGAGAACACCGCGGCAGGGAGGAAAAGGAAAGCAGACAGAAGUCAGGAGAUUGCAAUUCUGACACAUUGCAACACUGGGUCUCUGGCGACUGCAGGGUAUGGCACGGCGCUUGGUGUUAUCAGGUCUCUGAGGGCCGCCGACAUGCUCACCCGAGCAUACUGCUCAGAGACCCGGCCGUACAACCAAGGUUCCCGAUUGACAGCAUAUGAGCUGGUCCACGAUGAGAUCCCGGCCACGCUUAUCACAGACUCGAUGGCAUGUGCACUCAUGGCAAGAGAAGGAGAUCGUCUGGCGGCCAUCGUCGUUGGAGCCGACCGCGUGGCGGCGAAUGGUGACACGGCCAACAAAAUCGGAACGCAUUCUCUCGCUGUACUUGCCGGCCAUCACGGGGUAAAAUUUUUGGUUGCCGCCCCUAGGACCACCAUCGAUCGAGACACGGCUUCGGGCAUGGACAUUGUCAUCGAGGAGAGAGCACCGGAAGAGGUAACGAGGAUCAAAGGCCCCAGAGUUACAGCGGACGGAAAGCUACUUCUGGACGAAGGUUCAGAGAUGGUGAGCACGGCUGCGGUUGGAAUUGAUGUAUGGAAUCCUGCUUUUGAUGUGACCCCAGCAGAGCUCAUUGAUGGGGUCGUCACCGAGGUCGGAGUGGUUGAGAAGGUAGAUGGGAAGUUCAAUUUCGACCCCAUCUUCCCCCAGCCCUGA